AUGCCCGAUCUCCUCCACGCCAUCAUUGGAAGACUUGCCAGAUUCCAAACCGGGACAAUCACCGCCGAACAAUUGCACGAUGAAUUCUUCGCACACUGCUCUCCGAAUAGCCCUGAACUAAGGGCUAUUAACCAAGUUGUGCCUAACUACUGGUAUGAUUGGUGGAAGGAUCGCUUCGACCGGUUGGGGUUGGACCUGCCAGUCUUGAACAUCCAUGAGGUCAUGGAGAUGACCCAAGACCACUUCGAACAACUGCCGACGGGAGCCAUGCUUGUGCCUGGUCCUGUGGUGACCGGGCAGGUGGAUGGCGAUGCCCUCUUCAAUCAAAUCGUGGCAGUGAGAGCCCACCUCAAACAUCUCGGUGAAGCAAUGGGUGCUUUGCUGGACCAGAAGACCCAGGCCGCCACUGCAGCUGCAUCCACCAUGUCCCAACUUGAGGGACCGAUUGCCGACCUGGAGGAAGCGCUUUUGAAUUCUAGUGGGCAAUUGUCGGGCAAGGAUUGA